UUCAGUUGGUUAUCAAACAUGGGCGUAAAUGACUAUGAGCAUAUCUUAAAUGGUAAAUAUAUAUUUGUCUUUUUACAUAAUUUCUAAAUACUAUUGUGGGACAAUUUAUUUCAUAAAUAAACAUACAUUACAAAUUUAUGAUUGGCUGAGAAAAUAUUUUUAUACAAAAAUCAAUAGAUUACAUAAAUAAAUAAAAUUCAACGUGAAUAUAAUGUCCAAUAUAUUGAAUGAGUUUCACUCUGUUCACCCUUUUCUGUAUCACUUGAACUGAACGCACAUAAAUUGGUUGUUUUAGUUGAUGAUUAAAAACAUAAACUAUGAAUUGACUAAGUACUUUGAUGAAUGGAUUUAUUUAAAAAGUCCCUCCAAUUUUUGAAAUCAGUAAUUAAUGUAAUAAAGAUACUCAGUUACUGAACUACAAUAUUCUGUUCAAUAAUCAUUAUGCGAAUAUAUAUUGUCAGUUAUUUAUUCAGUUAUGUGAACUGUCGUUCACGUUCAAGAAAAUGUAAAUUUCUCUGUAUCAUUAUGCUUAUAAUAACUUGGCUAUCAGCUAUUUGGUUAUUGAUUACAUUAUAUAUGCAAGAGGAUUAUCAAUUAUUUAAUUAUCCACCAACUAUUAAUUUGUAUCAAAUUUAUGAAAAAGAAAAAUUACAAAUUAAUUCAAGUGUACCACCUUUAUGGAAAAUAAUUUUUCCUCUAUCUUCUAAUUAUACAGAACAAUGUCUAAUUAAACAUUAUAAGUGCAAUAAUAAUAAUAAUGAUUCCUUAUUAUUUCAGUUGUCAAAAUGUCAAACUAUUGAUGUACUCUUAGUUAUUCGGUCACAUGUAAAUAAUUUCAAUCAACGAGAUGCUAUUCGUCAAACAUGGGGAAAUCAACAAUGCUAUGAAAAUUUCGGUGUGUAUAUUCGUAUUCUAUUUAUUUUAGGUAAACAAAACGACAAUGAUGAUAAUGUAUUAAAUUAUUCUAUACAAAAUAAAAAUAUUCAUUAUGACAAUAGUAUGGAUAACACUGGGGUAUUACAAAGGCUACACUAUGAGCAUUUUAUGCAUCAUGAUAUUAUACAAUUUGACUUUAUUGAUAAUGCUUCUAAUUUAGUAAAAAAAUGGAUUGGUAGUAUUGAUUUUAUUGUAAAAUAUUGUAUGGCUACUGAAAAAUCUUUUACUCUAUUUCUAGAUGAUGAUACUUUUUUACAUCCAAUAAAUUUAAUACAAUUAUUACGUCGUAUUACACUUAAUCAGUAUAGAAUUUAUGCAUCCGGUCAUGUACAACGUAUCUCUUAUCCAGUACGUAUCCCAUUCUUGUCUAAAUAUAUAUCAUUAUCAAAUUAUCCAUUCUGUAUAUAUCCACCAUAUAUAAUUAGUGGAACAAUUAUAUUAAGUAUGCCUGUUGUUCAAUUAUUACGUGUUGGAUUUAACUAUGUUACAAAUAUGCCAUAUGAUGAUAUUCUAUUAGGAAUUAUACUAUUAAAAUUUGGUAUUAGUCCUAUUCAUUUAAAAAAUAUUUAUACAGAACAUAGUUUAGAUAAGCAAACUCUUAAACAAUUACAAUUUAUCAGUAUUCAUGGUUAUAAUGAUCCUUCAAUGAUUCACUCGUUAUGGUCAACUUUAAAUAUGAAUUAUGCUUGUAAAAUAAAACUAAAGAACUAAUAAAAAUAUAUCUAAGGUAUUUUGUGCUCUUUUUUAUUAGUGAUACUAUACAAACUGAGAGUAUUUUUUCAGGACAAAGUUUUUCUUAUUAUUUCAUUGUAGCUAGUACAGUGAUUAACAGUGACAAACAAACAAAAACAUUUUUAAUGAAGAUUAGUU